AUGGACGGGUACUCCGGUUACAACCAAGUGGCCCUGGAAGAAGAAGAUCAACAACACACGGCUUUCUACACCCCGUACGACCUCUAUUGUUACACACGGAUGCCCUUCGGGCUGAGAAACGCAGAGGCAACAUACCAUAGGAUGGUAGAUGCUAUCUUCAAGCCAUGGAUAGGGAAUACUUUAGAAGUAUAUGUCGAUGAUAUGCUCGUCAAGAGUAAGCUGCGAAAAGACCACCAUCAAGAUUUGAGAGAUAUCUUCGAGGCCAUGAGAAAGCACAACAUGAAAGUGAACCCGGAGAAGUGUACAUUCGGCGUCACAUCAGGAAAGUUCCUCGGAUAUCUGCAGUCCUUCUCCACAAAUCGUGAAGACGAUGUGGAAGAAGACAUUACUGACGAUGACGUAGGGGAGGACAUUGCCGAAGACUUCGUCGAAGAUGAUAUCUUGACAAGGGCGAACGAAGAUGAGGACUUCAGCAACGAGGAGGACUGGAGAACCGAGGUUCACCUUUAUCUUAGAGAAGGUACGCUUCCCACAGACUUGAAGCAGGACAGAAAGAUACAAUCAAAGGCAGGGAUAUAUGAUCUUCGUGACGGAGUCUUAUACAAGAAAUCUUUCCUCGGGCUGCUACUAUGCUGCCUAUCAAGAAAGGAAGGACAUCGUGUUUUGAAAGACAUACAUUACGGGGACGCAGGUAAUCAUAGUGGAAUGAGAUCACUGGCGGAUAAAGAAAAAAUGCAGGGAUACUAUUGGCCAAAAAUGAUACGAGACGCCGCAAGGAUGUCAAGGAGAUGCGAGGAGUGCCAGCGGUUUUUUAAAAGGAUCCAUGCUCUUGCGAUGAAUUUGAAUUCAGUAGAUAGUCCGUGGCCCUUCUCAAAAUGGGGAAUAUACAUCGUUGGACCCCUGAUCGAAGGGUCGGGGAAAAUACAAUUCUUGAUUGUAGCCACGGACUACUUCAGAAAAUGGGUGGAGGUCAAAGCUCUAGCUAGAAUCCUGGACGUGGAUAUAAGAAAGAAAAAAUCAACCCUUAUCUACCCACAGAGCAACGGUCAGGCUGAAGACACAAACAAGACUCUUUCUCUCAUCCUCAAGAAGUCACUGGAACACAAGGGCCGAUGGUGUGAACAGUUACACAAUGUGUUAUGGGCAUAUCGAACCACACACAGGUCUGCUACUGGUGAAUCCCAUUUCCUCCUCACUUAUGGGGUCGAAGCAGUCAUUACAACGGAGAUUAUCAUGACAACCACCAAGACCGAAGCAUGGGAGAAAAACCUCACAGCGGAUAUGAUGCUGGAAAGACUCAAUGACCUAGAAGAUAGAAGGGAAACAACACUACAAAGGAUGGAAAACUACCAAAGAAGAUUAGAAAGAGAAUACAACAAGAAGAUUAAGCUUAGGAAUUUUGUAGAAGGACAGUAUGUACUGAGAACUAUACCCCAAUACCAACAAGAGCAAAGGUGGGGCAAGUUUGCACCAACAUGGGGAGGAUCAUUUAUAAUACAUGAUAUCGCAGGAAAUGGAUUUUAUUACCUGCGUAACCUAAAAGGAGAAGUCCUCAGACAUCCAUGGAAUGCGAAAUAUCUCAAUCCAUACGAUCCAUAA